AUGUGCACGUUCGCGCACGGCGAGCAGGAGCUGGGCAUGCCACAGCCGGAGGGAGGCGGCGGCGGGUCCCCGGCAGGCGGCGGCGGCUGGGGUGCGGCGGGCGGCAAGGGCGAGGCCAUGCAGGCGCUCGGCUACGCGCCUGCCGCGUGGGGCAAGGGCGGCAAGCAGGGCACGCCAGGGUCGGCCCAGGGCCUGCUCACGGCCGUGAGGAAGGCGGGCGUCCUCGGCGGCGGCAAGGUUCCUGUCGAGUGCCAGAUCUACGUCAAGAAUUUGCCCCCCGACAUGACCGACCUGGACCUCUUCCGCCUUUUUGCGCCCUUCGGGGCAAUCGCCCCCUCCGGCGUCAAGGUUAUGCUCAACGAGGACGGCUCUUGCAAGGGCUUCGGCUUCGUGGACUACGCAACGGAGGAGCAUGCCCAGCUAGCGGCGACUAUUGCUCGGGCAGCAUGA